AUGUCGAUCUAUGUUCCUGAAGAGCUGUUGGUGAAGAUACUGUCAUUGCAGCCCCCAAAAUCUCUUAUUCGAUUCAGAUCUGUCUGCAAAACCUGGGAUUCUCUCAUUGGAAACCCAGAUUUCUUCUCCAAAAACCUCCUGAACCACUCCAUUAUCAUCAGCCCCGAAAACCCCGAUGAUCAUCGUUUCCUCGUUGUCGAUGGCAGGGAUAAAUUCACUGGUGCAAGACAAGGUCCAUGGAACUUCUCUGAUUGUAAAAGUCCCACUGGAUCUAUCAUAAAAGUAGAAAAUGUUGGGUUCGGUUUGGACUUGAAAUCUAAUGACUUGAAGGUGGUGAGAAUUCGUACUUACCUGCGCAUGCCAGGUAAAGGUAAACCUGUUCAGGAUGUUCAACUGUAUAGCGUAAACCGUGGUUCUUGGACUGAGCUUUGUGUCGAUCUACCAUAUGGAUUUCUAGAUAGAAAGAGAUUCACAUUUUAUAUAGAUGGGGUUUUUUACUGGUAUGCUCCUAGUGAUUGCGAUUUUGUUCUCAAAAACGAGAUUGUUGCUUUUGAUAUGAGCGAAGACACUUUCAGCAUGACGAAGGUGCCAGAUAAAUGCUGUGUUGAGAGUAACAAUUAUUGGCGGUGGACGACUCUUACGGAGUUAAAAAAACGUGUUGCUAUGAUACGCUACACUUCUGAAUCGAGUAAUAUAACCUUUCAUUUAUGGGUGCUGCUUGAAUUUGGUGUUAUGGAGUCGUGGACCAAACUCUUUACCAUUAUACCUGCAUCGCCUUUGGGACGUCCGUUGGGGCUAUGGAAGAACGGUAAGUUCUUUCUGACUGACACUAUGGGGCACCUGGUGUUGUGGGAUCCCUUAACCGGAGAGAUCAAGAAACUUAAUGUGGCUGAGCAGACCAUUUUUAGUCUUUCCAUACACUCUAUGUGGAAGAGGUGA